ACUGACAUAGCUGUCGAUGAGAUGCAUCUAGAAAUUAUAUAGAAUUAAUAUACGCAUAUGCAAGCCAUAUAGUCGGUGAUUGGCCUCGGAAGCGGUCGCAUAGGCCAUUCCUUCUGAGGAUGACUCUGCAGCUGCCGGUCUUAAAACCGCUUCCUUCCGCUCCAUCUUGACUUCCCCUCUUGUACACACAUUCAAUGUUAGGCGAUAUUAGCAAUGUGACUGGUCGCACUCGUUCCAUUUAAUAUUUACCCGCCUUUCGAGUCCGAGCCCGAGUGAACCGAGUCUCGUCAACUCCCGUUGUAUUGACAAAAAAUUGUUGUGUCUCUUACACAGCAGACCAUGAGGUUCACGACGCCAUGAACCCGCUUGCCCUCUUCUCUUCGAUUCCAAACCUUCCAUCCAUUGAAACGAGGAAAGCGCUACUUCUUCUCGAUUUUCAAAACGAUUUCGUUCGUCCAAAUGGCCGACUGCCCGUUCGGAAAACUCUCGACUUUAUAGAUCUGAUUCCUGGUCUCGUCCAAAGUUUUCGUCGCACGGGAGAAAUUGUGUGGGUACGGACUCAGUAUGAGGGGCCUCGGCCCGUCAUCGACGAUUAUGGGAGCGAAAUAGUCAUAACUUCGGCUGGUCCGUUGGAUACAAAGAACCCGAGAAAAGGACGGCGUGGACGACAGGAUAGUCGUGCUAAUGUUGAUGGAAACGUUGAGGUUGAUCCCGAAGCCUUUCUUUCGGGCCCGGAGCCUGCUUGUCUUCCACAGACGGCUGGUGUACAGUUCCCGGCGCCUAUUCUUGCAGCUAUAGAUCACGAGCAUGAUAUCAUCAUUGAGAAAUCAGACUACUCGGCGCUACAGUCCCCGGGUCUGGUCUUGUCACUGCGUUCCCGCUUCGUGACUGAGCUGUACAUAUGUGGAAGUCUAUCAAAUGUGUCCGUAUACGCUACGGCGCUUGAAGCUGCACAGCAAGGGUUCACUAUAACAUUGAUCGAGGAUUGCAUGGGCUACCGCAGUUUUGCCCGUCACGAAGAAGCCGUUCGACGCCUUGCAGAUAUUGUCGGCGCCAACGGUAUCUCGGUGCAGGAACUACUUGAGGAGGAGGAAUGGGAAGAGACACAAGAGAUUGCUCAUGCCACAAGCCCUGCUCCGGGAUCUAACACGAACACUUUGGCUCAACAAUCGAGUAUGACUCCGCCAUCCGGCAUCGAGAAUGUCUUGGAUCAUCUUGCUGUGCAAAACUCCCCUGUUACGAAGCGAUCUUCAAUCGCAGAACAGACUGGUUCCACCCCGUCCACAAACUCAACUGCCCAUGUGAGUGGUAUGAUUGAGGCAGAUGACGAUCCGUAUGAUGAUGACGACAUAGUCUUACCUCCGAUAAAAUAUACUCGAGCCUCGUCAACUCGUGUGACAAGAGAGCAAACUCCCCGUCCAAGCUCUACCAAAUUGCGUCGUCACAAGUCAGGAAACUCUCCGUCUUCCUCUCGUCGGCCAGGGUCAGCCGCCUCAGACACAGUUUUUCUCGGGAGAGCUUCUACCUCUCCUGUGCUUACUACUACUAACAAAGUUCUGAAUGCUGCUUCUCCCGGCUCCCCUGCUCCUGCCUUACCACCAGUGACAGAGGCAAGUUAUGCGAAAAAGAAAAAGAAGAUCGCAAAAGACGACCUAGGACCUGACGACACUAUCGCCGAGGGCGAUUCUCGGAUAGUGUAUAAUCUUGACUUGCCCACGGACGCAUUUGAAAAGAUACAGGAGGAGGUCAAUUGGCAAAAGAUGUAUCAUCUGUCGGGUCAGGUUCCACGCCUUGUGGCUGUCCAGGGUGCCGUUAAUACUGAUAAAUCUUUUCCCAUUUACCGACACCCAGCCGAUGAGUCUCCCAUCCUCGAGCCAUUCACCGAAACAGUAACCGCAAUGUAUCGUGAUGGUCAAGAUAACAUUUCGGAGCACUCCGAUAAAACCCUUGAUAUCGUCCGUGGUUCUUCCAUUGUCAAUGUCUCGCUAGGUGCUCAGCGAACAAUGACUCUGCGGACGAAAAAGACUGCCCCUGCCGAUGGAGGUGACGGUCGUCAGAAGCAACAGGUGCCUAUGCCGCAUGGCUCGAUGUUCAUACUUGGACCACAGUCAAACACGAGAUGGCUUCAUGGUAUCCGUCCUGAUAAGCGACAAGAAUCGGAAAAGUCUUUUGAAGAAAAGGCUUACAAUGGUGAACGUAUCUCGUUGACAUUCCGAAAUAUUGGAACCUUUAUCAAUCCAGAGCAAGGCACAAUAUGGGGCCAAGGAGCUGUAUCCAAGCGGGCUGAUGCAGCACGAAAGGUCAUUCACGGAGAUCCCGCCGAGGCAGAAAGACUUAUUCGGGCAUUCGGCUCCGAGAAUCGAGAGACGGAGUUUGAUUGGGAUGCUGUGUACGGCCAAGGAUUCGAUGUGGUCAACUUUGUAGAACCGAUGGUUGCCCGGUUAACCUUGAGUGGUGAUCCAAUUGCAGAUAUGCGGGUGAGGCUGUGUUUGACCGAGAACGGUAUGCGAUAUGAAGUUGUUCAUCCACCAAAGACGAUGGAUAUGCAACCACUAGUAUACACAAGCCCGGACGGGGAAACGAUGAUUACAGGCGACAUCCAGAUAUUACUCUAUCUUGCUUCCUUGGACCCAAACUCUUCCAUUGCGAGGCCGGGUGUAGGCCUCGUCCGCGGAGGAAAUCACUUGAUCGAGAUUACAAGAUUAGAAACAGCCUGGCAUGAGUAUGUACUAAGCGGCAGCAAGGCGGAAUUUUCUCAGCUGCCUUCUUGGAAUGAACGAUUACGCGAGACUGAAGUUACAUCUGGCCAACAUUACAUCGCGGGACAAACACUAACCAUCGAUGACCUCGCUCUAUGGCCGAUUCUGCAUCAGAUUGAGAGCCGGAAGGAAAUGAUCACCGGUUCGGCGCGGUAUCCGUAUCUUUCGGCUUAUUACCACCGAAUAGAGAAGAGGGGCUGCGUUCGCGUGGUCAUGGAUGAAAUAGGCCACGAACGAGGACGACCCGGCACCCGUUGA